CACGAUUUACUCUCAACCAACACGCCGCGCUCAGCCUCUCACUGUUGAUUCCGCUUUCAAUCUUCGCUUUGCAUAUGCGCGUCUUAUCCGCGCCGCCGUAGCCUGUCUCUUUGAGGCAUCUCAGCCUAUCCUUGUCGCGUCACCGCGGUCACACCUUACAACCUCACCGUUACAAUGUUGAAACGCCCAGGCGGGCUCCAGCAGCGCAAGUCGUCGACGCCCCACUACCAGACAUUUCCUACCGAGCCUCCUACCUCGCGCGGCCGUCCGCUUACAUCGUCUACCGUUUCGGACGAAUCCCACAAUCGCAAUGACUCCGACGACUCAGCCAGUCACCAAGAGUCGCCGUUGCCGCGGCGGCAGCUCGCUAUUCUGGCCGUCAUAGCUUUGGCGGAACAAACGGCUCUCAACUCAAUCAGUCCAUACUUGCCGGACAUGGCAUCGAGUUUUCCAGAAGUCUCGGAGGGGAAAGUCGGACUCUUUGUCGGAUUGAUUGCGUCGUCGUUCGCCUUGGCACAGUUUGCGACAAACUUUUUCUGGGGCUGGUUAUCGGAUCGUAUAGGUCGCAAGCCUGUGGUGUUGAUGGGGACGCUGUUUACGGCAAUAUGCUUCGUCGCCUUUGGGUUUUGCAAAACGCUGUGGCAGGCCAUCAUUGUCCAGGCUGUCAUGGGUCUUGUAAACGGCAACCAGGGUGUGAUAUCGACGUGCUUGGGUGAGAUAACCGACCGAAGCAACCAGUCGCGGGCUUUUACAUACUUGCCGGUGGUUUACGGCAUUGGAGGCAUCACUGGGCCCAUUGUUGGCGGACUGUUGGUCUUUAAGAACAACCCGUUCAACAAAAGCCAGAAGAAUCCGUAUCCGUACCUUGCGCCAAAUCUUUUUUCCGCGGCUAUCCUCACAAUUGACCUGAUCCUUUCAAUGAUCUUUCUCGAGGAGAGUCUGGAAGAGGCAAGAAAUCUUCCGCCUCUAGGGAAGAGGAUGGAGAACCUCUUCACGUGGCUGUGGCAAUUCGCUAGCCCCAGUCGCAAUCCAACAUAUAUUCGUCGGCCAUGGUCCAAGCGGCGAUCCAACGGCCAUGUCAGUGACGACGGCAACGAAUCCGAAGAGUCAGAUGAGGAAUCCCAGCAGUCGGCUCCUACGCUGCUGCCGAAUGUUUCCGCGGGUGAAAACCUGAGCAAGAAGGAAGUCUUCAACCGGGAUACCAUCCUACUUCUUCUUACGUUCCUCAUUUUUCAGUUUGCCAACAUUUCCUACAAUUCACUGUAUCCUAUCUUUGGACAAGCGCCUCCCCCUACCGGUCGUAACCUCAGCCCCGAAGAGAUCGGUAUCUCGCUUGCAUUUGCCGGUGUCAUUACCAUUAUCUUCCAAGUCGGGAUUUAUGGGAAAUUGCGCGAGAAGAUUGGCAACAAGACAACAUAUCGUGUCAGCCUGGCUGCUUUUGUUGUCGCCUUCCUGUUGAUGCCUUGGGUCGGAUACAAAAAUGGCGAGGGCACGGGCCUGGGUCUUGGACGUGGAAAGGUUCUGAUGUGGAUAGAGCUUGGUUUUGUGCUGAUUGUGAAGACCGUUGCCGCGGUCGGAGGACUGACCUCCGCGCUUCUUCUGAUCACAAACUCGGCACCAAAUCACUCCGUUCUUGGCACUCUGAACGGCUUGGCACAGACAUUAUCUGCUGCUGGCCGUGCACUGGGACCUUUCGUGUCUGGCAGUCUAUUUUCAGCUGCCACGAACAUAAAACCCAAAGGUGAGGCUUUGGCUUUUGGUGUGUUUGGCGGCAUAGCAUUUGUCGGUUUCAUUCUGAGCUUUGGCAUCCGUGGCGUGGGCCUUGAGGCCGAAGGCUUCGGAGAAGAAGACACCAGCUCUGAUGGAGAUUACGAUGACGAUGAUGAUGAUGCGGACGUAGAAUCGCAACACAACGAGAGGUCCGGUCUUUUGUCUAGAAGGUGACGAGCACAUGGAUAGUUGAUGAGUAUGCGGCGGUUAGACUGCUUUCAUAGCAAGGCGUUUGCUUGGUUUUGUUCCCGCUUGACGCUAAGACGUACAUACAGAGAACUAGUAUAGAAACCUAUGAGCGUUUCAUAGAGAUGCUUAUUUGUAUAUUGCACAGCAACAUUUACUGCC